UGAAGGAGAAAUGGAUCCCCACCACUCCCUACCCGCACUCAACUAUCACCAUCCCAACUACCUUCCCCAGCCCCACUCCUCCCCCAUUUCUGAAGAAGGGUCCUGACCCAAAAACGCUGACUUUCCUGCUUUUCUGAUGCUGUCUGACCUGCUGUUCUCCUCCAGCCCCAAACGGUACUAUCUCUGACUCCAGCACUUGCAGUUCUCACUAUCUCGGAGUUUCAGACGUACUGUUUCGAGUCAGCCCUGUUCCUGGGAUUGGUUCAAUCAAUAGGAAAAUUACAAAGUCCAAAACUGCCUUAUGCAACUCCUUUUCCUGGACAGAAACUCAUCUGCAUUGGAGAAAGUGAAUUGCAUUCCUGAAUCAAACAGCAGUACCCAGGCGGAAUUAUCAUGCCGGUUACCAUGUGACACAGGAAAUGAAGUAAAGCCAAAAUACUUGGGGAUGACUCACAGACUUGUUUUUAAAACAGCAACUCGAACCUGUGGAACUGACACUUCAGAGGCAACAUCAGUAAAAGAAGCAGGAACCUUUGGAGCGAGAACAACAGCAUUGAUUUCAGCUCAGCUGUAACCACGCAACUCGAUCCAGUGGAACUGACACUUCAGAGGCAACAUCAGUAAAAGAAGCAGGAACCUUUGGAGCGAGAACAACAGCAUUGAUUUCAGCUCAGCUGUAACCACGGGACAACUGAAGGAAGUGACCAUCUAAAUACAGUGCUUGGACCAUCAGUAUGGCUGGAACAGCAGUGGAUUCACUAGAAUUGGCAAAAGCCAGCACGGAGGUUGCAACCGCAAUAAUUGCAGUGAAGAAUGCAAUGACAGUUCUUGAAAGUUUAGAAAAAUUAGCCUCUGCUGCUGGAAUAUGCGGAGCUAUAUUUGGGGUAGCAGCAGCAAUUGUUAAACUUGCUUUGGGUAAUGUGGAGAGUGAGGAGUUGAGAUACAUGAAGGAGCAGUUCAAGAUUGUCAGGAACAAGCUGGACAUCAUUUCAGAUCAGAUUCAUGAAGUGCUUCGGGCUAUCGAACAAAGCACAGUUAAUGAGCAGUACUUCCCCAUUGAAGAGAAUCUGAAAAACCAGUUCAGGAAGUACAUGGACAUCCUCAAUGCAGUGCCGGAAUUCCGGGAGAAUGAGAAAAAAGAGUUCCUCACACACUUUGAUGCGACAAAAGGUGACCAGAACCUUCACACUCUCUUCGAUGCUGUGAUGGGAUAUUCUGCCGUCUUUGGUAAACCCAUUCUGGAAACUGCCAUGGAAUAUGGUCAGAAGAAUCGGCGUCAGAUGGAAAGUCUCUGCUCCCGUCUCAAGGAGCUCUUCUGCAUUGGCCUGAUUGCCCUGGUGGGUCACUCUGCUAUGACUGGGGGCGAUGUAGAGGCAUUGAAGAGAGAGUGGAAUGAGAAAAUGGCUAAAGUAGAAAAUAAAAUGAAAUCCAUGAUAGAUCAGUGCAUCAAUGAGUUUCCUGACCAGGCAGAAAUAGAUGUUAAGCAAAUGAUAAAUCGAAGGGGUGAAAGAAAUAACUGUGAAUGUGUAAGUUACAUUCUAGAUGGUUUAUUGAAGAAAUAUGAUUGGAUUAAAUGGUCUGUUCGGGUCUAUGACCCUGUCAGUGGCUUCGACAAUCACUGUGUCAAUGGCACCAAUCGGUUUCACCUUUUCAGACACAAUGGGGUUAAUGCUGUUGUCUCCUAUGCAAUUGAUCCAAAACCAAUUGAUAAAAGUUACAUAAGGGAGUUAAUGGAGGGGAAAGAUGGCUGGUCUGAUGCAAGACGGGUUGCAGAACAUGUGUACAAUAACCUUCCCCCUGGGCAUGUUGUACACACAGUGAGACGCCUCAAGGGUCUGUGGUAUAGUGGUACCUUUCCUGCAGAUUGUCAUUUCUGGGAAAAUUACUCAGGUGUCACUCUGUGUGUUCAUUCAACAUAAACUGAGCUUCCCAGUUCCUCCUCCCCUGAGUUAAUGCUGCCGUCAUUCAGGGGAUAAGGUUUUGAGUUUUGGAAAUAUUACUCUUUUCAUUCAUUGCCAUCUAUUCGACUGGAAACCGAUGAAUUCUUAAACCUCUUCUCGGAAAUGACUACUUGUUUGACCAUUUCUCUCUCCCUGACUAUUGCAGUCCCAACAGCGUGUUUGUCCCUUUGUGUUGUUGGCAGAAAGCUACAUGGCUUCAUUUGAGAAAAACUAAAAGAACUGUUCAGGAAUGAAACAAAUUUCUGGAGAAGAUCAGCAGUUCCGGCAGCAUCUGUGAAGGAAAUAACAGAGUUAACAUUUUGGUUCUGGUGCCCCUUCCUGACGGCUUCAUUUGAUGAUGACCCUCCUCAAUGUGACAAAUGAUUCUUUGAUCAAUGUUGCGAAACCUCAUUCGUCUUCGAUCCCCCGUCUCUGUCUUGUCUGAAUGCCCCAUAACCGGGAAUGUUGAGCUGCCAAUCAUGCCCAUCUUGUCUUUCGGCCAAGCCUCCGUUACAGCAAUGAUAACAAACUCCAUGGUGCCUCUCUGUACUCCUUAGGCACUUUGCAUUAGCAUGUAUUCCAUUUAGCUUAACAAACUCACUUCUUUCUUCUCUAGUCUAUGGUUUCUCUAUUUUAACCAAUUCACAUUUUAACCUCCUAUCUCGUUGUACCUUCUCAUCUGAACAUCAAAAUCCUAUGCUCCUGGCGAUCUGGUUUAAAGUUGCCCAAACAGCAUCAUAAACCUCCCUACGAGGAGGUUGGUCAUGUUCCUGCUCAACUGUAACACAUCCAACUUAUAAAGAGCCCACCAUCUGAAGAAUCGAAAGCUCUGUUUCCUGAACCAUCUCUCCAGUAACACAUUCAUCUGCUCUAUCCUGCCAUUCUGAUUCUCUCUACUGCACGGCACCAAGGAAAAUCCAGAGGUUCCUACCUUUGAAGUUCUGCCUUUCAAUUUCCGACCUAACUCCCUCAUUUCUCCUUCUCCCUCUGUCACUGGUCCCAACAUGGUCCAUAACUUCUGUUGCCCAUCCACACGCCUUUCACUAUUCCAUGGUAUCUACGGUCCUGGGACCCAGAAGGCAGCACACCAUCCAGGAGUCACGUCUAUGAUUGUCGAGAUGUUUGUCAAAUCCUCUCACUGAUGAAUCCCCGAACACAAUUGUCCUUCCACACUUCCUCCUCUUACCAUCCCCAACCUGAGCAGCUGACCACCCACAGUGCCAUGACAUUGGCUCAGGCUGGGCUCCACAGAUAACCAUCAUUCACCAUUUUCCCAGACAUACACCUGAGAAAUUACCUCACAAACACCUUGAUUCCUUUCUUCUGUCUGGUAGUCACCCAUUUGCUCUCUGCCAGCAUUUUCUUACAGUGCAGGGUUUGGGGCGGGUAACCACAUUCUGAAAUGUAUUAUCCACAGUUUUUCAGCCUCGUGAACGCCCCAUGGUGUCUCCAGCUGCUCCUGUCUCCAAAACCCAGGGUAAACAUUGUUCUGGGCAGAGGUACUUCCUGCACAUGCUCAUCCAAACCACCAGGAGAAUCUGGGAAUUCCCACAGAGUACAGGAUGGGAAAACUAGGAGGCUUGGAUCUCAGGACAUACCUUAAUAGGAAAAGAAAUCUUCCAUUUCACUUACACUUGCCCUUUCAUGUGUAGAGAUGAGACAAAUCCUGUUCAUAUUUAUGCAAAGGUCUAACUCAGGUUCAUGAUCUUUAUUCAUUCAUGGAAUGAGGGUGUCAGUGGCCAGGUCACAUUUAUUGUCCAUCCCUAAUUGCCCAGAGGGCUGUUAAGAGUGAACCAGAUUGCUGUGGGUUUGGAGUCACAUGUAGGCCAGACCAGGUAAGGAUGGCAGUUUCCUUUCCCAAAGGACAUUAGUGACCCAGGUGGGCUUUUCCUGACAAUCGGCAAUGGAUUCACGGUCAUCAUUACAUUCUUAAUUCCAGAUAUUUAUUGAAUUGCAUUUCCACUGUCUGCUCUGGCAGGAUUUGAACCUGUGACGCAGAACAUUAUCAGGGUUUCUGGAUUAACAGUCCAGUGAUAAUACCACCCCCUCCCCUCAGUGACACUGUCACAGGAUCCCCACCCCUUCCUCUCAGUGACACUGUCACAGGGUCCCCACCCCCUCCCCUCAGUGACACUGCCACAGGGUCCCCACUCUCUCCCCUCAGUGACACUGCCACAGGGUCCCUACCCUCUCCCCUCAGUGACACUGCCACAGGGUCCCCACACCCUCCCCUCAGUGACACUGCCACAGGAUCCCCACCCUCUCCCCUCAGUGACACUGCCACAGGGUCCCCACCCCCUCCUCUCAGUGACACUGCCACAGGGUCCCCACUCUCUCCCCUCAGUGACACUGCCACAGGGUCCCUACCCUCUCCCCUCAGUGACACUGCCACAGGGUCCCCACCCUCUCCUCUCAGUGACACUGACUGCCUGCCUGGGCUGUUAUUUUCAGGCAGUGAUUUACUGGUUUACAUGUGGGAUUUUGUCCGACUCGCUCUAUGCAUCAUAAACCAGACCCGAACUGUUUAUUAGUGAGGAGAGUAUUGAGAAUGGAGGGAGAGAUCAGAAAUCCCAUCCACCCAUUACUGCCAAAUGACACAACUCCACACUAUUACAGUUCAGUGGUAACACACUGUCUGUACGCAUGUACCAGACAGACAGUGUCCUGUAUAGAAUACACCGUUUACUCUUGUUGUAUUCAUGCAGUAGUACAGGACCUUGGCGACACCACAUCUGGAGACCAAACUGUGCGCAGCUUGGGCCUCCUUAUCUGAAGAAGUAUGUUCUACCUAUGGGGGGCUUGCAAUAAAUGUUUACCAGACUGACAUCUGAAGAGAAACUGCAUUGGUUAGGCCUUUAUUCUGUGUCGGGUUUGCUGCAAUGCUCCAGCGAGGUUUGGCUCAGGCUCACUUGCCACUUGAGCACCCUGCAGCCUUCAGGGCUCAAUAUCGAGGUCAAUAAGUUAAUGUCCUGAACACCGUCUUCCAUGUUUUUUACCCAUUCCCCCAACACCCCAGGCCGAGUUAUCACAUGGGAUGCCUUAAUCACAGCCAACACAGUUUCACCCACCUCUGGUGCCCAUUAUUUGAUUUGCCUCUUUCUUUAGCACUAUUCAUCCUUUGGUUGCCUGUCUUUCUUUCACCUCUGUGUUCCAUCUGCAUCUAUCCUCUGUCGCUUUUACUCCAGCCCCUGUCUUUUGCAAACAUACCACCUUUUCUUUGCACCAUCGGAUCUGAACAUGGUCAUUGAACUUGAAAUGUUAAAAUUCUCUCCACAGAAUCUGUCAGACCUGCUGAGCUUCUCCAGCAAUUUCUCCUUUCAUUUCCAAUUUCCGGCAUCUGCAGUUCUUUGGUUUAUUUGACUAUAUUCACUGAUGCUUUGGAGAAUCAGGGAAAGAUCCCAUUGAAAACUGUCAUAUUCUAACAGAACAGGAUGGAAUAAACACUGGAAGGUUGACCAGCCAGUCCACAACAAGGGAUCAAAGUUUAAGGAUAUGGGGAGUACUAUUUAGGACUGGGAUGACAUGAAAUGUCUUCACCCAUGGAGUGGGGAGCCUGUGGAAUUCUCUAACACAGAAAGCGGAUGGGACCAAAACACUGAAUGUUUUCGAGAAGGAGUUAGAUACUCAUCUUAGAACUGAAGGGAUCAAAGAGUGUGGGUAGAAAGUGGGAACAGAGGACUCAGUUGAAUGAUCAGCCAUGAGCAUAUUGAAUGGUGGACCAGGCUCGAAGGGCUGAAUGGCCUCCUUCUGUUCCUACUUACUUUGUAUUGAUUAUUGUAAUAACUAUUUAAGGCAAUGAUGGUUUCAUUUAUGAUUAAUGGAUUUGUAAUAAUCUGAUUUGUGUCAAUUAGUCUGUAAUGUUGAAGUUCCCUCUGUAACAGGAACACUCAGUGAAUUGAACUCUGAUCUCUUGUACUUUUUAUUGUCCAGGCUUUGGAAAUAUGAUUAGAACUAUUGAAAUAAAGCUGCUUGUGACUAUUUA